UAUGAUACUUAAUAAUGAAUUCCAAAGUUUAUAAGUGGUGUGCUGUACCUCAGUGCAAAAACACAUCAAUAUCAACACCCAAAAAAGUAUUUGUACAUGUCCCAUACAAGAAAACGAUAAGACAAAUGGUUAAAACUCGCUCGGCGAAACCCUUACGAUCUUGUCACGAAUUCGCCGCUAUAUUUCUGUGAAGACCACUUUGAUUUGCCAAAUGAUAUGAUAAAUUAUAUGGAAUAUCAUGUGAUGGGGUCCGUAUCACAAGUUCGUAUGAAACAGGGAUGUAUGCCCAAAACAUUUACUUGCCAACCAGACUGGAAACCAGGAAUAUCGGACACAACAGAGCGACCUUAUAUAGCUAAGAAACGAAAGAUUAUGAUACUUGAAGAAUCAGAAAAGAAACUCGACGAAAAAAGUAUAGUUAUAGAGGAAUCUAGUCUUGAAGAAAGUUUUAAUAGUAAGCUAUCGAGUCCAAAUGCCAACAUAUUAUGUAAAAUAGCCAAAAUAGAACAUUCAGGUAUUGAUACUUCUUAUACUCCCUCUGUUACUCAUACAGAAACAUCAAUAUCUGUUAAAAUAGAGAGAUUAAAUGAUCCGUUUGAAAUGGAGCCUACACCUGACUGUAGCGAGAUGGAAAAGGAUGACAGCAAUAUAGAAGAUUUAAAUUGUUUAGAGUGCACUUUGAAGAAAAUUAAAAACAGUCCUUGUUUCUAUAUUGGCAUUCCCUCAAGUUGUUAUAAUUUAGUUAGUUUGAUUCAAGAACAGACAAAUAUUCAGCUUAACCAUAUCUUACUAUCGGCCAGUUUCUUCAUCAAAAGUUAAAGUUAAAGUAAUGUCUAAAGUAAAAGUAACGGUCAAAUUCGUUUUUUCAAGGCUAAAGUGACAGCAAAACUAAUAGAAAAAUUGAAUUUAACCGUUACUUUUACUUUAGACAUUACUUUAGCCAUAACUUUAACUUUAACUUUUGAUGAAGAAACUGGCCGUUAGUCUAAAAAAGAUUAGGUUAAAUAAUUCAUUCCAUGAACUAGCUGAUGACUUUGGCAUUGAUAGAACUGAUCUUAGCAAAAUAUUUUUGAAAAAUGUUCCUAUUAUAGCCAGUGUAAUGCGUCCUUUCAUUGUAACAUUAAAUGAGGAAAUUAUUGAAAGAACAUUACCUAUUGCUUUUAGACAUAGAUUCAAUAAGGUGACUUGUAUAAUAGACUGUUUGGAGAUUGAAGUACAAAAACCCUCUAAGGUCCUAAAUGAAGCUCUUACCUAUUCUGAAAACAAGAAAGCCCACACAAUUAAAUACCUCAUAUCUUGUACACCUGAUGGCUUGAUAAAUUAUAUUUCAAGUGGUUAUGGAGGCCGAACAACAGAUACAAGCAUUGUUGAAACUUCAGACUUUUCAAAAUGUUUGCUGCCCAAUAUGACGGUAAUGGCAGAUAGAGGGUUUAAGUAUGUAGAUGUUUAUUUACAAAAAAUGGGUGUGCUAUUAGUACGGCCUGCAAGUGUUGAAUCUGCAGCUAAGUUAAGUAAAGCUAAAACCAAGGAAAAUAAACAAAUAGAUAGCUUACGAAUUCAUGUCGAGCGGGUGAUAGGACGAUUACGUGAAUUCAACAUGUUAAAACCACAUGCCUGUCUUAACCCAUGUUUAGUUGAAGUUCUUGAUGAUAUAGUAACUAUAGCUUGUGCUUUGAUUAAUAUACAAGAUUCACUUGAUAAAUAAAACACAUAAAAAUUCUGCAUUUUUAGUUUUGACUGUUAACUAGUGACCGGUACUUAGACACGUUUCGUGUCGAAGUCGAGUGAUGUCGAAAAUCUCACUCAAAAAUUCAAUCCAAAUGCGUACUCGUGUAGUCAACAACAACAUUCUGAGUGAAGUGUAUUUACCUAUUCGUGACGUCAUCCAGCGCCAUGAUUGGUGUUUUAGCCAUUUAGAUUGCAGUAUUUUAUGUUAUUUAUUAAAAAUAUUAUAAAGUGAGACCAAA